AUGAUGUCAUUCCAAUACUUGACAAAUGUCAAUCUUACUUCUCGAUUUUAUCAAAGAGCACAUGACAGUGAAGUUGAACUGAGUACCACAUAUGUCAGUCACGUUCCAUCCGCGGAUCGAAAUUUUACAUACCCGAUUUUCCAACAAAAUGAUAACCACGAAGCAAGACCAUUUAUAAAAAAUAUUGAUGACAAUAAUUGUGAAUCACAUUCGCAAAAUAUGAAUUCACAUGUUGAAACUCACGAAACACAAACAGUUUUUGAUCGAGGUGUUCAUGUCGACAAAAGUUUGGUUGCAACUGGUCGUGGUAUUUACACAUUUCAUGCUCAAGGCGCAAUUUUUCACAAAAUAGGAGGUUUUCAUCUGAAUCAAGGUUCAACGUCACGUUACUUGCAGUUAUACAUUUAUGAUACCGAUCAUGAACUUCAAAAUAGGAUGAGGGAAAACUCAAUACUUAACCAAGUCAUAGUGUAUGAAUUGCAAAAAAUACUCCACCAACGCAACUUCUUUGUCAUUGUGUUUAGGCAGCUUGCACUAGAGCCAAAUAUUGAAGAAUGUAGGUUACUCAUUAAAGAACGUUUGUCGAAUCAACCACAAUAUAGUUUCCCUUCAGCUUCCCAAGUUGCAACAAUUGUUAUAGGCGGUGGUGAUGAAGAUACAAUAGAACGUGGAAAAGAUAUAAAUGGCAUCAACUAUGAUGGAAAGCUAACAAAAGUUCAAGAAACAAUGGGGUAUUAUGAUCCUUUACAAUAUCCUAUAUUGUUACCGUUCGGAACAUACGGUUGGGACAUAGAAACAAAAACUAAUGUUGGAAAAAAUGUUACAUGCCGAGAGUACUACGGUUAUGUGCUUCAGAUUCGUCGUAAUGAUCAAUUUGUAUUGUUAAAAUCGGGUCGACUUUUAGAAUAG